GCACGAGGCUCCUUUCCUAAGAGCUGAUAAGAUCAGAUCGCUUGCAGGCAUCUCAACCCCUCAUCGCCAUUCGCGGGACCACCGUUGUCACCAUGCUGGCCACACGGCAGGUCCUGGGCAACCUUGGCCGCUCGCGGGUCGUGGCUAACACGAACCUGCGGCGGCGCAUGGCGACAGUGUCAAGUUCGGUUCUAGACAGGAAGGUGCGACAAAACAACUGGGAGACGGACACCUUCAUCAACUACAAGAAGAUGUCAGAGAACUUGGCUGUCGUCCGCGGCCGCCUCAACCGACCACUUACCUACGCCGAGAAGAUUCUCUAUUCUCACCUGGACGACCCCCACGGACAAGAAAUCGAGCGAGGCGUCUCCUACCUACGACUCCGACCGGAUCGGGUCGCUUGCCAGGAUGCCACGGCCCAGAUGGCUAUCCUGCAGUUCAUGUCUGCGGGAAUGCCGGUUGUGGCGAAUCCGACUACGGUACACUGCGAUCACUUGAUCGAGGCCCAGGUUGGCGGCGAGAAGGAUCUCGCGCGGGCCGUCAGCAUCAACCAGGAAGUGUACGAUUUCCUGGCCUCGGCCUGCGCCAAGUACAACAUCGGUUUCUGGCGACCCGGCUCUGGCAUCAUCCACCAAAUCCUCCUCGAGAACUACGCUUUCCCCGGCGGUCUGUUGAUCGGCACCGAUUCCCACACCCCCAACGCCGGCGGCCUAGGCAUGUGUACCAUUGGCGUCGGCGGUGCUGAUGCCGUCGAUGUUAUGGCCAACCUCCCCUGGGAGCUGAAGGCCCCUAAGGUCAUUGGUAUCAAGCUUACGGGCCAGUUAUCCGGCUGGACUGCACCCAAGGAUAUUAUCCUGAAGGUUGCCGGAAUCCUCACUGUGAAGGGUGGCACCGGUGCUAUUGUUGAGUACCACGGUCCCGGCGUUGACGGCAUCUCGGCAACGGGCAUGGCUACGAUCUGCAACAUGGGUGCUGAGAUCGGCGCCACCACCUCUCUAUUCCCCUUUAACGACCGCAUGUACGACUACCUAGCAGCUACUAGGCGUGAUGCGAUCGGUGACUUCGCGCGAGUGUACGCCAAGGAACUGCGCGGAGACGAGGGUGCCGAGUAUGACCAGUUUAUCGAGAUUAACCUCUCCGAGCUGGAGCCGCACAUCAACGGUCCCUUCACUCCCGAUCUAGCCACCCCGAUCUCCAAGUUUAGUGAGGCGGUUAAGGCCAACAGCUGGCCGGAGGAGCUUAAAGUGGGCCUGAUUGGUUCUUGCACGAACUCGUCGUACGAGGACAUGUCGCGAGCGGCUUCGAUCGCCCGCGACGCCCUCCAGCACGGCCUCAAGGCUAAGUCUGCCUUUUUCGUCACCCCCGGCUCCGAGCAGAUCCGUGCUACCAUCUUCAAGGAUGGGCAGCUAGCUGUCUUUGAGGAAUUCGGUGGCGUAGUGCUGGCUAACGCUUGCGGCCCUUGCAUUGGCCAGUGGGACCGAAAGGACGUCAAGAAGGGCGAGGCUAAUUCCAUCAUCUCAUCUUACAACCGCAACUUCACCGGCCGAAACGAUGGCAACCCCGCCACCCACUCCUUCGUUACCUCGCCCGACUUGGUCGUCGCCUUGAGCAUCGCUGGCUCCCUGCACUUUAACCCCCUGACCGAUAAGCUCAAGGGCGAAGACGGCAAGGAAUUCUUGCUGGCUCCUCCAUCUGGUGAUGCUCUUCCCCUUAACGGCUAUGACAGCGGGCGGGACACGUACCAGUUCCCCCCCCCUGACCGCUCCUCGAUCAGCGUUCAAGUCUCGCCCUCUUCGGACCGCCUCCAGAUCUUAUCGCCCUUCACCCCCUGGGAUGGCAAGGAUGCUCUGGACAUGCCUAUCCUAAUCAAGGCGAAGGGAAAGACGACAACUGACCACAUCUCCAUGGCCGGCCCCUGGCUGAAGUACCGUGGGCAUCUGGACAACAUCUCGAACAAUAUGCUGAUCGGCGCGAUCAACGAGGCGAACGGCGAGGCUAACAAGAUCAAGAACUCGACUACGGACGAGUGGGACGCGGUUCCGGCCGUCGCCCGCGACUACAAGGCCAAGGGGAUUAAGUGGGUCGUCAUUGGUGACUGGAACUACGGCGAGGGAAGUUCGCGAGAGCAUGCCGCCCUGGAACCCCGCCACCUUGGUGGCCUUGCCAUCAUCACCCGCAGCUUCGCCCGUAUCCACGAGACCAACCUGAAGAAGCAGGGCAUGCUUCCCCUUACCUUUGCGGACCCCGCCGACUACGACAAGAUCAAGCCUGACGACAGGGUCGAUAUCCUCUGCACGGAGUUGGCGGUUGGUAAGCCGAUAACGAUGAGAGUGCACCCGAAGAACGACGCAGCGUUCGACGUCAAGCUGAACCAGACAUUCAACGAGUCGCAGAUCGAGUGGUUCAGGAACGGAAGCGCGCUAAAUACGAUGGCGAAGAAACAAGCCUCGUGAAUAGGAGAGGCGAUGGGAACGGCUUAGAUAAUAUAGAGGAGCUGCACCGGGAGGGGCGUAUUGUGGGGAGGUUUGCUAGACUUACCAGUCCACGGAGGUGUAUAAGGAUCCUGGGUUGCGUGUGUCUUGCUGCGUGGGACGAUGCUUUCGCCCACCAUGACGACGCGUCGACCUGUUCUGGUAGCUUUGCUGGCUUGUACAAAAUGGGGGAGAACCUGAAUUGUCGUUUGUAAAAGCUUUGGGAUGCGAGUACCACCGUGAAGUAGGCGGCCGUUGUGUGCUCUGGGGUCUCUCUCUCUCUCUCUCUCUAGAAUCCCGGAGACGAACUACAUGCAAGUUAGUCAGUCUGGUACCGAUUUAGGAUGACUGCGUAAGGCAAGGUUGUUAUGGGCUUACGUAAGGUACUCUCUCACGCGGAUAUUAUCGAUAAGGGAGAUAAUGGCGAUAGGUAAUGCGAAGAUCAAUUCCUCGACCCGU